AUGUCUUCGCAGAAUACGAAAACUUAUAAGGACGCGUUUGCACUCUUUGAUAAGAAAGGGACGGGUAGGAUUCCUGUUGAACAUCUUGGUGACUUGCUUCGUGCUAUUGGACAAAAUCCUACUUUAGCCGAGAUUGCGGAAUUGCAGAAUGGCAUCUCGGGUUCUGAUUUUGACUUUGAAACUUACCAGGAAAUAAUCAACCGUCCAGACGGAUUCAAACCAUUAGGUGCACCAGAGGACUAUAUCAAGGGAUUCCAAGUUUUCGACAAAGACAAUACCGGAUACAUUGGUGUGGGAGAAUUGCGUUAUAUUCUCACUUCAAUCGGAGAGAAAUUGAGCGAUUCCGAGGUUGAUGAAUUGUUAAAGGGAGUCAACGUGACAAGUGAUGGAAAUGUUGACUACGUCGAGUUUGUCAAAUCAAUCUUGGACCAAUAA